CAUAAAGCUGGAUACUUCUCGUACUUUGCCACAGGCCUAUAUGACGCUAAUAUUUCGUCAGGGAAGUGUCUGUCGCCCCUCAUGCCAACACGUCAACACUGACGAACUUCCGGGAUACAUUUAGUGCAUUUGUAUUCUGGGUUUGGCCAUCUUUUAAAAGCACAUACCGCAUUUUUGUUGUAACAGAGAAGACGAGAGUUUUAAAAAAUUAUUUAAUUUAAAGGAGGAAAAAACGUGUGUGGCGAGGGCGAAGUGUCACGUCGUCGAGGCGGUCGUAAAAAAAAAGUCCAAAGACAUACAAACGCAGGAUCACACCGACAGCUCCCGAUGUUGCGAAAUCGCUGAAUCUCCCGUCGGAGAAUGGCGGACGGCAGAGCAGCUGAGAUAAAGUUGACUCCACCACACAGUCUUCGCGUUUUGCUUGCCUUUACUCGCCAGCUGGAAGCCUCCGUUGCCAUUGAGGGGAUUUAUGGGCUCACAAGUUUCAUCUGAUGAGAUGAGCGUGCGUGCAGGCCAGGGGAGUGAUGAAGUGUUGGUGUCACAGGCCGUGUGGGACUACCUGGCCGCUGCCGGUAGGCCCUGGCUUCUUGACUUCCAGCGCAAGCAGGGCAUGAACGCAGGUAUCGUCCGGCGUGGCGAGAGGGGGGGCUGCUGCGCAGUCAGACUGCAGCCGGCGCCGGGCGCCAGGCCCCCUGGUCUGGCUGGAACACCGGUUUCCACUGAGACACGCAAAGCCUUCAUUGAUUUGUGCCGCUGUGCCCGCAAAGAAAUGAGUAAGCAGGAGGGCGGCCCCAAGAGAAAGCGCACCCUGCUGCCAUGCAUGGGGGUCCUGGAGCCAAACAGUGAGGGGAGCCUGAUGCAGGUGCCGACCCAGCCCCCGCCCCGCCGCUCUCAGAGACAACAGCAGAAGUUACGAAAGUCUGCAGAGGAAGAGGCCCUCUCCGUAUUCCACGAGGCGGCCUGCCGGAAAGAUUGCGAAGCUACUAAUCACAACGAAGUUGAUGACACCGCCUCUUGCUCCAUCUGUAUGGGAGACAUCGUGGACAAGACCACCUUGGAGAAGUGCGGUCACUCUUUCUGCCGUAGUUGCCUGGAUCAAGCUUUCAAGGUGAAGAGGGCCUGUCCUGUGUGUCGCCUCGUUUACGGUCAGCUGAUCGGUAACCAGCCUGCCAAUGGCACUAUGUAUGUCGAGCGGGAUUCUGCCCUGCACCUCCCAGGUCAUGAGGCCUACGGGUGUAUCUGCAUCAUUUACAGCUUCCCUGCUGGCUUACAAGCACCAGAACAUCCCAACCCAGGUGUGCGGUACCCAGGAACAGACCGUCUGGCCUACCUCCCCGACAGCCCUGACGGAAACCGUGUGCUGGGCCUGCUGCGCCGGGCCUUUGAGCAGCGCCUUACUUUCACCGUCGGUACCUCCAUGACAACAGGCUUGCAAAAUGUCAUCACCUGGAAUGACAUUCACCACAAGACCUCAAUAUGGGGCGGGCCCCGCUGUUUUGGCUACCCAGAUCCCACUUACCUGGUGCGCGUGACAGAGGAGCUCCGGGAAAAAGGCAUCACUGCCGACUGAAGCGAAAGACCUUCAGGGGUUUUUAGGGCUUGAGUAUGUCACAUCAAGAUGGUUCCAUGUUAUAUUUCCCAUGAAUGUUGGCAGCGAGCCCUCAGCAGACAGGUGCUGCUGCGGCGGAGUCCAUGUUGGUAUGCUCCCGCUUGACUUGAGCUCAGCGUUACUGCUUGUGGAAGGCAACAGCGAGUCUCACGAUCUGCCACCUGUUUGCUUCGGCAAUAGCACUUGUUGCACUUGCUAUACAUUUUCUUUAGUAAAUCAUUUUGCUUUCAUGAAGACCUCUUUUUGUUGAGAAUGCUUAUUUCUGCUCUUGGGAUUGUACCAUUUUUCUAAGCACACAUUUGUUAGCGUAAGUCUCAAAUUGAGUUUAUUAUUUCCCAGAUGACAGAAUAGCAUCACUAAAAAGACUAAAGCAGUGGGAUGCACUUGAAGGCACUUUCUUUGCACCUAUUUUGUCCCCGAUUUUUUUUUUUUCAGCAGCAGUCUGUAGUUGCUUGAUGUCAUUAAUUCAGAACAGAUGUGAUUGUUUCUCCCUGGGUCCAUCUUCAACUGAGUCUGUAUGUAGUUAGGUGGCUUUCUAGCCAUCAGUCACACGUCACAGGCAUCGAGCCCAUAUGACCUAGGUGUUAGUCCCGUGCUCAUCAAAUUACCAGUUAUCAGAUUUAUAAAGAUGUCAAAUAUGAAGGGCAUAUAAGCCACUAAACCAAAUCAUAGGCACAAAAGCUCUUUAAAGAAAAUCCAAUCUAUGCCUCUGUCCUGUCAGUCUAGGAGAUUUGCCUGCUGAAGCACUCAUUUCAAAUGCGGGUGUUGUAAAUAUGACCUGGAUCUAUGAUAUGCAGUUUGAGGAGAUAGGAAAACAAAAAUUAGAAUUUUUAUGGUGUGGAUUUUUUGUGGUGCCUUUUCUGAUAUUUAAGUCCGGAUGUAUUGGGUGUAUUCCAUGUUAUUUGCUAAACAUUGUAGCAGAGUGAGUCUCAUGAAAUUUCCGCUUUGCUAAAGUGGGUCACAUACAGAAUUUGAAGUUCUUCACAGAAUAACAAAAUAAGCCUCACCUGACAUUCAAAAAGAGGGCCAAUGUAUAGGAAAAUUAUAGCAUAUCUUGUCAUUUUUGUAAUGAACAUGACUCAUAAGGGUUUUCGCUAACAAUGUCAGCCAAGCAUUGUGCAAGCUCUGGAAAAACUACAGGAGUUAAUAACAGAACAUCUGCAGAAUCUGUAUGUGUUGCCGCCCCAGUUUAGCACAUCAACCUCUUAUUUUGCAAAAAGUCUGAAAAACAGACCAGAUCAUUUUCUGCACUUUAGUUUUUUAACAUGGGACCACGAAAAAUAUUCCUCUAGCACCAAGACGCAAUCCCCCAACAAAGUGGACGUUAUGAUUUUCAAUCCCCUGUUUACAUGCAUUCCUCCCAUAUUGUUUUUAAGGGACCAACAGAUCUUUUGGACACAGGAUUGUAGUUUUGCAAAAGCUACUGUGUAAACAUUUCUAUGCAUUAUAUUAAGGAAGCAUGAAGGGAGCUUACACAUGCUUACAGAUGGAUAAGAUUGCAAUUUUGCUUUUCUGUCAAAGGUACCUUGUUGAUAUUCUGGAUAAUGUGCUUUACAUUUUAAUACUUGAAUAAAAAGUUGUUUGGCA